UCCAUAUACCCUGCUAUAUUCAUUGAACGGUGCACUGGAUUGGCAUCGUUUCUCGAGGCGCUGUGGAUAGUGCCCUUUUAUGUGAAUUUCGCUCCACCACUUUAAGCAAGUCGACUCGACAGAUACCGCCGACUCCCGCGCGAAUCUGUCGUCUUGAAAACGGACUCUUGCCGUUGUACGGGGAAAAGUACGCAGUCAUGGGCGUGGAUGUCGAAGUCUUGAGUCCUGGAGACGGUCAAACCUAUCCAAAAACUGGGCAAACAGUGGUUGUCCAUUAUACUGGUACUCUUGACAAUGGGAAGAAAUUUGAUUCCAGCAGGGACCGUGGCGUGCCAUUUAAGUUCAGAAUUGGCAAGGGUGAAGUAAUUAAGGGCUGGGAUAUGGGAGUCGCACAAAUGUGCGUCGGCCAACGGGCAAAAUUAACCUGUUCUCCAGAUUUUGCCUACGGUAGCCGAGGCCACCCUGGAAUUAUUCCACCAAACUCUGUUCUUAUUUUCGAUGUGGAGCUGCUGAAGGUGGAGCCCUGAAAUACCUCGUAGAGUGUACACCAAAUUGACCAAACGCAAUUUCAAUACAAACAAAAAAAAUUAAAGAUACGCAUCAAAUUGUAUUAUGUUAAGUAGUCAUCGCACGAAUGGCACAUCCUAUGCUAAUGCCUUAAUUCAAUCGCUCGGACAAUUAUAAAGAUUAUAUUGCGAUUCUCGCGAAGUAAUAUAUAUAAAACGUUAACGUUGUUCCGCGCCAUGCGGGAACGAUGUAUAAUGUAUAAAUCUCACAUCCAACAGUAUCCAAACGAUAUCACAUAGGUGUUAGACUGUAAGAUCAUAUAUGUACGUAGUUGGACUAUCUGCUCUCCAAGAGAUGCUACUUAACUUGUGUACUUGAUUUAAAACCGAUUAAUCGUGUUCCUAUGAUGAGCGGUUGAAUAAAGGAAUCUUUCAGGUAUUCGCAAAACAAUCUGUGUUCAUUCCACUCACUAUGUAUUUGGUAUAAAAAGGCGUCUUUAAAAUAUUUUAUACAAAAAUUGUCAGUGAUAUUAAACAAAAAAAAACAAUCACAUAGACAAUGACUAAUGAUGUAAUGAUACAGGUCUUUACAGAAUAAAACACAAUAAAAAGUUGUAUUGCU